UACAAUAAUAAUUUGAAAAACGUGUCAAUCGAUUGUGUAUCGAAGAGCGUACACGCAAUCGAGUUUCAGUCGAUUGUUAGUAACUCAGCAUCAUGUAUGCUCUCGUAUCUGAAGUCUGAAUGCCGACUGUACGAUACCACAUGGUAACGGUGGUAAAAUGGCUUCGCCUAUUCCCUGUGUCGCUGUGAGAGGAUCCACUGGUAUAAACCUAGGACAAGGUCCACCUUCUUACGAACCAGUCAAAACAUUCCCCAAAGAUGAAAGCAGAUCAUGCAAGACUAUGCUCUUUAGCCCAGAUGGUAAAUACUUUGCAUGGGUUAAUGGAGCUACUGUUAAAAUCUUGUUCUGUGAGAACUGGAAGAUUGCUGGUGAAAUUGCAAGACCUAAAAUCUGCGCUAUUCACUUCUCUACUCGUAGCACAUAUCUUGCAACUUGGGAACCAUCCUUUGUAACACAAACAAAUCCUCAUGGAACACAUAAUCUUCAUAUAUGGAAAUCUGAAAAUGGUGAGCUAGUCCAGAGUUUUGUCCAGAAGAAACAGAUUAAUUGGGAGCCACAAUGGUCAAAUGAUGAAAAACUCUGUGGAAUAUUGAAUGGUGCAAAUGUUCUUUUAUAUGAAGAUAACAAUUUUGAUAGAUAUGUACACAAAAUAAGCGUAGCCAAAGUUGCCAAAUUUAGUAUAGCACCUAGUAAUGCUCCCUAUCAUAUUGUCUGCUACAUGCCUGGAAAGCCCGGCCAACCUUCCUUUGGACGAUUAUUUAAAUAUCCAAAAUUUGAAAUUGGAGAAGCACUUGCAAACAAGAGCUUUUUCCAGGCAGAUAGAGUCGAUAUCUAUUGGAAUCAACGUGGAACAAAUGCAUUAUUGAUGACAAGUACUGAAGUUGAUAAAAGCGGUGCAUCGUAUUAUGGAAAGCAAACAUUGCAUUAUCUUAGCACGAAAGGAGACACUGCCAUGGUUAUGCUAAGUAAAGAAGGUCCUGUACAUGCAGUAGAGUGGUCUCCUAAAAACACAGAAUUCUGCGUGGUAUAUGGCUUUAUGCCAGCCAAGAUAACAUUGUUCAAUCUUAAAUGUGAGGCGGUCUUUGAAUUCGGCACAAUAUACAAAAAUAGUAUACAUUAUAAUCCACAUGGCAACAUAUUGCUUUUGGCUGGAUUUGGCAAUCUUAGAGGUGGCAUUGAAUUGUGGGAUAUCGCUAAUAGAAAACUUAUUGCUAAAACUGACGCGCCAGAUACUACAAUGCUCCAAUGGUCACCGGAUGGUGAACAUUUCGUAACAGCAACUACAGCGCCUAGGUUACGAAUAGGCAAUGGAUUCAAAAUUUGGCAUUACACUGGUUCGCUGGUAUAUCAACGACCAUGGAAUAAUCAAGAAGAGCUUUGGGAAGUGCUCUGGCAAAAUUUCCCUCCGAACACUUUUCCACAGAAACCUAUCAGUUACAAAGCAGUUGAGGGUAUUGCCAGUACUCCUAGUCAAUCACAAGCACCAAAAGAAGCAUAUAGACCACCUUGUGCCAGAGGACAAAAUAUCACAUUUAAAUUACAUGACGACAUGGAACCACCUUCUAAGCCAGCUGUAGAAUCAAAUCCAUCAAAAGCUGCUUUAAAAAUGAAAAAAAAUCGGGAAGCAAAGAAGGCUAAAAAGGAAUUAGAAUCUAACAAUCCUAAUGUCAAUGGGCAAGUUUCAAGCACAACGACAAAUAUAAAAAUGGAAUUAACCGAUGACCCUGAAAAGAAUAAAAAAAUUAAAAAAGUAAAGAGUAAGUUAGAUCAAAUUUCUAAACUGAAAGAACAGCUAAAAUCAGGUAAACAAUUAGAAAUCAAUCAACUAGAUAAGAUAAAAAAAGAAGCUGAAUUGUUAAAAGAACUUGAAGAACUCACUUUAUGAUAAACCAUGAGAUGGUUUAAACAGAAUUAAUUUGAUGAACAGCAAAAACUGCGAUAUAUUUUACUACUUUGAAAACCAAAACGGUUUCAGACAACACUUCUGAGUGCAAAUCAUUAUUUCAUAUUGUCAAAGGAUGAAUAAUUUGAUUUACACUCAAAAGAGUUUUGUCUAUAACCGUUUUAGUUUAAUUAGUUUUUGCUAAUUUUUAGUUUAAUUAGAAAAAAAAAUUGACUAAUGGUACUAUGUAUCUAGUACUGUUAGAUAACUACAUCUAUUAUGUGAUUCUUGAUUUUGCUAAAAAUCGAUAAUAAUAGAGAUAGUUGCAGUGUCUACUACCCAUCUUAAUCAAAAAUCUUAAACCAUUGUGUGCAAUUUAAUAAGCAUUAUCAAGAUAAAAGACAGUGAAAACUAUGCUGACUAGCCGAAGACUUUAUACUACAACUAAAAAUUUAUCAGAUCUUUUUCAAUAGAAAUGUAUUGUCACACAAGUAUAACUUCCUUUCCACUUUAUCGUUUUUCUGUGAAAAUUAGUUCUCGAACUUAAGAUCCUACAAUUUAUGCAGUAGUAGAUUUUGCAUUUAAAUGGGAAAGCUUAACACUUUGCAUAAGACUUUCAUGUUGCUUUUUGCAAUAAAUAAUUAUAAGAUUUAAAGAUAUCAAUCGCUGUAAGUUUUUGACAAAACAACAAGUAAAUCUGAGAUAUUAAUUUUGAAUUAUGUUUUAUAUUUACAAUUUGUUUUGAAAUAUCAUUAUUUUGAUUAUAUUCAUAAGUCAUUCAUUCUUUUUCAUACAUGAUAUCUUCAGAUGACUCAAAUGUAUAAUUUUUUUAUCAUAUCACGAUACAAAGUUAGAUAUGAGUUUUUCUUGUAAUUUUUAAAAGAUCUGUAGACAACAUAAGUAUAUAUAAUUAGAGUAUAAUUAAUAAGUAUAAAUAAUUUUAUACUUAUAGAACAGUUUUUUAAAAUGACAAAGAUUGUUUAAUCAAACAAGACGAAGAAGAAUUAAAAUUAUGUACUUGUAGCAAAAGAACUGUAUUAAAUAAUACAUAAAAAUUAAGUAUCAUCGAUUUAUCUAUUAAGAAAUUCAUUUCCGUACAGUACAAAAUUUUGCAGUUACAUUGCAUAAAUGUUGCAACAAUGUUAUGUAGUUGCCAGCAAUGUUCGUGCUGUAUGGGAUUACAACAUGAGGGGACAGUAAUUACACAGUAAUUACGGAUGUUAUGUACAGUGAGAUGAAAUUUAUCGAAAUAAAUUAUUAAAGAAAGCAUCA